CUGUGAAACCAGAACCAUAAAAUAGGUGUAUUCAAUAUACCUACGCUUGCUGCACGAUUUAAAAAGAACCAAACCCCUCUCUUUAGCAUUUCACACGCUGUGUCGUUUGUCUGUCUUUCCGCGAAGCUAUAAAAGCAACGCCACAAGCAGAAAUUAUUCAGUUGGAUCGGCAGAUACAUUUUUGUAGUGUGGUGUACACGAAGAAUCAACUCAAAAAAUGAACAGAUAUUUGGGAAUUUUGGCCGCUUUGGUCCUUGCUGUGGUCGUCUUCGCAGCAGAUGAGAAGAAGGAGAGCGAUAUCAAGACCUACAAGAGAUUGAUACCAGCUGAUGUCCUCAGAGAUUUUCCUGGUAUGUGUUUUGCAAGCACAAAAUGCGCAACUAUUGAGCCUGGCAAGACAUGGGAACUACACCCCUUCUGUGGCAGGUCAACUUGCGUAGUUUCUGAAGACAAGCCACCAAGGCUAUUAGAACUUGUAGAAGAUUGCGGUCCUUUACCUUUGGCCAAUCCAAAAUGCAAACUUGACGAAGAAAAGACCAACAAGACUGCUGCCUUCCCCUUCUGCUGUCCAAUAUUCAAAUGCGAAGAUGGCGCUAAGCUCGAAUACCCAGAAAUCCCAACUAUUGCACCUGUACCAGAAGAAGCAUCUACACCUAAGGCCUAAAAAACUUUUAGCCAAUCAAAUCUCCAAAUAACUGCUUCACCAAUUCUUUCACACUCAUUUUUCAACUGAGUUCAUUCGAAAUGUUUCUUCUACUCUUGAUCUGUUUUCUAUAGAGAACUAUUAUUUAUUGUUUUCUUAUCUUCCUUUAUUUUAUUCAAACUGUGACAUUUCGAUAAAAAAUCACUAUUUCACUCCACAAACACUACCAAUAUAUCAUUAAUUGAUGUAAAUUUUUCUUUUUUCAUGUAGCGGAUUAUUUCUUAAUAAAAAUAAUUUAUUACAUAA